AUGAAAGAAGCAAGGCAAAGAAGCAAGGCAAAGUCGGCACAAGAGUCGCACCAAGAGAGACGCAGGAAGCGUUGGUUACAGCUUGGCUUGUGGCAAAGUCGAAUUGAUCUCGUCUAUCCUUCCUUGCCUGUGACAGGCGGUGCUAUUGAACAGCUUCCCAGCUGGACUCGCACGGCCGCACAAGUGAGGAUGAGUUGGGAGGAUAGAGAAGCCAUGUUAGAUUGCGGAUCGGCGAGGUGGCUCGCUGGCUCAAAGGCUCCCUUACGCGGUUGA